ACCUCCUUACUCCUUAUCUCUGGCGUGUGGGCAACUCUACGCCUUUUAAAUACGCGAGAAAUACCUUCGGAUUCAUAUAACGAAGAUAACGAGAAAUGGGGAUUUGGCCAAGUCAUGCCAGUGGUUCUGCUUGCCGCACCACUCGUGCCAGUGGUCGAAGCAACGAUCCGAACAUGUCUCUACAGAGAUGGUAAAGUAAUAACCAAAGGGUCUGUCAGCCUAGCAAGAGGUAGGUGUCCCAACUGUUCUCGCCCCGGCGCUCUAGACCUCAACAAGAGUCUCUAUAUGAUCAUAACGAGAUUCAAAACAACAAAUGAUCUCAGUGAUCAAGCUCCCCUAUUUGGUAUCCCUAUUGCGCCCCUGGAUCCGCCAACGGAAUCGGAUGCGGAGACCCAAAACGACUCCCUCCUCCUGACAAGUCUGCCAGUAGCACCACUGCAGGAAUUUGAACAUGAAUGUCAGACAGAUCCCGUUAGAGCCGAGAUUAAGAGACUUAUUGAUCGCGACCGGCUUUUAAACCACGAGACCAUGAUCCUGGCGACAAUGCUGCCGCAGACAGGCGGUUUGCUGUUUGCUUCAUGGCUCUUAGUGGCAGGCACCUUUGUCCGUUUUUUUAGGCCUGGAAUUGGAGGAGGUAAUAAGUCUGCCCAUGUUACUUUCUCCCUUAUUGUCAUGCCUUCAAUGUGUAGUGGAUAUAUGUGGAUAUCGCUCUUUUACCUGUCCUUCUGGACCAAUACGAGGGAAGGGCGGCUAAAACGAACAAUUGUCUGGUUUCUCUGCCUAUUUUGGACUCUCACUUACGGUUCGUUGUUUGCGGCUAUCCCUUUGUUUGAUAGAUCAGUUGGAGUAGCCGCUGCGUUCGGACCGUUUGGUCUCGCCAUCCUGGUUGCUCUUGUUUAUACGCCGUUCAGGCUUCGAGGGCUCAGAGGCAUGGGAUAA